AGCGCGGUCACAGGACCAGAGGGCAGCGCCUGGACACGCAGAAACGCCCCCUGAUUAGCAUAUUCAGCAGCAGCUCAGACAAAAGUCGUCGAAAUAAAAAAAAUAAUUACUUCCAGGGUCCGACUACAUAUCGUGAAUCACUUUGGAAGCUGCUGGGCUUCUACUGUAUAGCAGCGGCAGUGUCAACAACAUAAAACGGAAUUCGCCAUGGCAGCUCAGGUGCUCAGCGGCAAGGUCGUCUCGACCCAAAUUCGUGAGAGACUAAAAGAGGAAGUCACCAAAAUAAAAGCUGAAAUGCCAGGUUUUGGACCAGGCCUUGCCAUCUUACAGGUUGGAAAUCGGGAUGACUCUAAUCUUUAUAUCAGUAUGAAGCUAAAAGCUGCAGCUGAGAUUGGAAUCCAUGCCAUCCAUGUGAGGCUGCCAAAGAGUGCAACGGAAGAUGAAGUCUUAAGAAACAUUGUACAAAUUAAUGAGGAUCCAUCUAUCCAUGGUCUAAUUGUACAACUUCCACUGGAUUCUGUUAACCCAAUCAAUACUGAGAAAGUCACUAAUGCUGUUUCACCUGAGAAGGAUGUGGAUGGACUCACAAGUAUCAAUGCGGGUAAGCUCGCUCGUGGUGAUCUGGGAGACUGCUUUGUGCCGUGUACACCUAAAGGAUGCUUGGAACUCAUUCGUCAGACAGGUGUUUCUGUGGUUGGGAAGACAGCGGUGGUUAUCGGGCGCAGCAAAAUUGUGGGGGCGCCAAUGCACGACCUUUUGCUGUGGAAUCAUGCAACUGUUACAACAUGUCAUUCCAAGACUGCUGACUUGGCUGGGGAGGUUUCCAAGGCUGAUAUUUUAGUGGUUGGAGCAGGCAAACCCGAAAUGGUGAAAGGAAGCUGGAUUAAGCAGGGUGCAGUUGUUAUUGACUGUGGCAUUAAUCACGUGCCAGAUAGCACAAAGCCAGGUGGCAAACGAGUAGUUGGAGAUGUAGAUUUCAAUGAAGCCAAGGAACGAGCAUCCUUCAUAACUCCAGUGCCGGGUGGAGUGGGGCCAAUGACCGUGGCCAUGCUGAUGGAGAAUACAGUGGAGAGUGCUAAACGUGUCCUUCAGAGCUGCCUGAAGGGACGAUGGAAAAUUCAGUACUCAAAGUUAAACCUACUCCAACCCGUACCCAGUGAUAUUGAAAUUUCAAGAUCAUGCACCCCAAAGCCAAUUGAAAAACUGACUAAAGAGAUUGGCUUGUUUUCUCAUGAAAUUGAAUUGUAUGGGAAAACUAAGGCCAAAAUUCUGCUGUCUACCCUGAAGAGGUUAAAGUCUCAGCCAGAUGGAAGAUAUGUUGUUGUGACUGGAAUAACUCCCACUCCAUUGGGUGAGGGAAAGAGCACAACCACAAUUGGUUUGGUACAGGCUCUUGGAGCUCAUCUAAACUUAAACGUGUUUGCAUGUGUGCGACAGCCAUCCCAGGGACCCACUUUCGGAAUUAAAGGUGGAGCUGCUGGUGGAGGAUACUCUCAGGUUAUUCCAAUGGAAGAGUUUAACCUCCACCUCACUGGUGACAUUCAUGCCAUCACUGCAGCCAAUAAUUUGGUAGCUGCUGCUAUUGAUGCCCGCAUGUUUCAUGAGGCCACACAGUCUGAUAAGGCACUGUUCAGUCGCCUAGUUCCUGGUGGCAGUGAGUUUUCUCCCAUUCAGAUCAAACGUCUAAAAAAGUUGGGUAUUGAGAAGGAGGACCCUAACAUGCUGACUGAAGAAGAAAUAAAUCGCUUUGUCAGACUGGACAUUGACCCUGACACAAUAACUUGGCAAAGAGUAAUGGAUACAAAUGACCGGUUCCUUCGACAGAUCACUAUUGGGCAGGCUGCCACAGAGAAGGGGCAUUCAAGAACGGCACAGUUUGACAUCACUGUAGCCAGUGAGAUCAUGGCAGUGUUGGCAUUAACAGACAGUUUGGAGGAUAUGAGGAGAAGGCUGGCAAACAUGGUAGUAGCAUCCAGUAAAAGAGGAAAGCCUAUUACUGCCGAGGACCUGGGCGUGAGUGGAGCUUUGACAGUGCUGAUGAGAGAUGCUAUCAAACCCAACCUAAUGCAAACCUUAGAGGGGACACCAGUGUUUGUCCAUGCUGGACCUUUUGCAAACAUUGCACAUGGCAACUCAUCCAUCUUAGCAGACAAGAUUGCUUUGAAACUUGUUGGGCCAGAAGGGUUUGUAGUUUCGGAGGCAGGGUUUGGAGCAGACAUUGGGAUGGAAAAGUUCUUCAAUAUCAAAUGCCGCUAUUCAGGCCUCAGACCACAUGUGGUUGUGCUUGUUGCUACAGUGAGAGCUCUCAAAAUGCAUGGAGGUGGACCAACGGUAACAGCUGGGAUUCCACUUCCAAAGGAAUACACUGAGGAGAAUCUGGAACUGUUGGAGAAAGGGUGUAGCAAUCUGUGGAAGCAAAUUGAGAAUGCCAAAGCAUUUGGAGUCCCUGUUGUGGUGGCAGUCAAUUCUUUUAAGACCGAUACAAGUGCAGAGUUAGAGUUAUUGUGUCGCUUAUCCAAAGAAGCUGGGGCAUUUGAUGCUGUUCGCUGUUCCCAUUGGGCAGAAGGUGGCAAAGGUGCGGUUGACUUGGCAAAAGCUGUUCAGAAAGCAGCUGAGGCCCCCAGUAACUUCAAGUUCUUGUAUGAUGUAGAGUUGCCAAUCAAAGACAAAAUUCGGAUUAUAGCUCAGAAGAUCUAUGGUGCCUCUGACAUUGAACUGCUUCCAGAAGCACAACAUAAAGCUGAAGUUUACACCAGGCAGGGCUUUGGUAACCUGCCAAUCUGCAUGGCGAAGACCCACCUCUCACUCUCCCAUGACCCCCAAGUAAAAGGAGCUCCUACUGGCUUUGUUUUGCCAAUCCGGGAUAUACGAGCUAGCGUGGGGGCAGGCUUCCUAUACCCAUUAGUGGGCACAAUGAGCACCAUGCCUGGCCUUCCUACCCGGCCAUGUUUUUAUGACAUUGACCUUGACCCUGAGACUGAGCAAGUUAAUGGAUUGUUUUGAGCAGAUCAUAUUCUAUAAAACUUGCCCUCCUGUUGCACUGCUCCUCAUAAGCCAAUUUCUCAACACAGCUGGCCUCAACACCAGAACAGGAAGGACGCACAACACCUCAGCUGCCUUCUUGUCUUUCCUGAUUUGUCAGAUGCCAGAGAGAAGACGCCUUGGUGAAUGAGUGACCUCUUUUACGGUUCAUUAAUAAAGAGACAACUUUUUAGA